AUGGCGCAGUUUGACACUGAAUACCAGCGCCUAGAGGCCUCCUACAGCGAUUCACCCCCUGGAGAGGAGGACCUGUUGGUGCAUGUCCCUGAGGGGAGCAAGUCACCUUGGCACCACAUCGAAAACCUUGACCUCUUCUUCUCUCGAAUAUCCUUUGUGUCUCUGUGUUGGAGCUCUUGA